UAAUGAUUAUUAGAGGGCGCUCUACCCUCACUACUUUUUACCCGUUCAUGUCAUGGACAAUAGCACGGUGCACUUAAUCGAACACCCUCAAGAUUGACGGGCUCUAUCUCUGCAAAGUUUGUGACAACCCGGAUGGUUUAUUCCGACAAUUGUCAAGAACUGUGAUUUCGCCAGACAGGUAGGCUACAGAGAUCACGAACAUGGCCAUCAAUUUAUAUUCUAGAAAAUUGCUUGCCAAAUCCGAAUUACGUUGGACUUUAAAGACCGUAAACGACUGAGGAAUAUGUGUUCAUUUGGGUUACACAAAAAAGCUAGGACCAUGCCUUUAUAUCAUCCAAUAUUUCUGUUUGUUCUGGUAAGCUUCCAAGCAUGUUCCUCUACACACAGCCAGGAGGCUGUCUCCAACAUGGCCCCACCAGAGGCCAUGGAGUAUAACAGAACUGUCUAUGCAGCCUGCAAAAUGAGACCCAGCACCAAACUAGGCGAAGGUCUACCUAACGUGUAUGGACAGGUGCUGUUCAAGCAGGAAUACCCCGAGGGAAGCCUCAAAGUCCUCUUUCUUCUCCAUGGUUUUCCAAGUGACAGUGAUCAUCAGUCAAAAGCCAUCCACAUCCACCAGUACGGGGAUUCCAGCCAGGGCUGCGAUUCCACAGGCGGCCAUUACAACCCUUACAGGGUCCCCCAUCCCAGCCACCCGGGGGACUUUGGGAACUUUGUGGCCCACCAGGGGAGGGUUCACAAGUUGACUGAAUCAAAGGCCACUCUGUUCGGGGGGCUGUCGGUGCUUGGGCGGGCGGUGGUGGUCCAUGAGAAGGCAGACGACCUAGGGCAGGGCGGGGAUGCGGGGAGCCUGCUACAUGGUAAUGCUGGGCGGAGGCUGACAUGUUGCACCAUCGGGAUGAGCAGUCCCAAACUGUGGGAUAAGCACCAUCAUCGACAGCAGAGAAGAAGGGGAUGGGAAUCAUAGUUUAUUCUUCCCUUUUCUUUCUGAGCUCACCAUCUUUCAUCGCAAGACAACUUAAUUUCAUUGCUUUCAUUUUAUCCAGAUCUAAAUUAAAAAUGUUUCCUUCUCUUUUAAAGUCAUGUUUAUCUUUUAUUUUAAGGGAUAGGACAGGUUUACCAUAGCUGAUAGCAAUUCAUGUAUCUUGUAUUAAACUUUGAAAAUACCUUUAUUGAAA